GCUAUUUUUAUUCAGGUCAAUGAAAUAAGGUGGGUGGGUGAUUGCUCUGCAGAGGAAGCCUGUGUGGCGAGCAGCACUUGGGGAAAGCCUGUGCACUUGUGGAUAGCAGCCCUGAUGAGUCCAUAGGAUGCAGGAGGACAGAGAAGUGGAAGCAGACCGAGCAGUUCUGGAGAAGGAGGAGAGGAGUGAGCCCAGCCUGAUCUGCCCCCCGCCACGCAGCCGGAGUUACCUCCCUCCUGAGGACCUGCAGAGCUGCCUCGAGUCCCACGUCAGGGAGGUCUUCGGGCCCUCUCUUCCUGAGGACUGGCAGCAGACUCCCCUGCAGGAGAACAGGCUGAAACAUCGCCUGCUGGUCCGGCUGGCGGCAGAGCUGGGACACGCUGUCCCCAACUCCCAGCUGCACCGGAUGCGCCGCGCCGGGGACGUGCUGGCUUUCUAUCGGAUCCCCGUGAAAGACGAGACCAAGAUCGAUGAACUUGCAGCUGCAGAACUGCCCCCGAACCUGAAAAUCAUCUGGCAGAAGUGAGUCCCCCCACGGAGCAUCCCCAUGG